CUCACUCCCCUCGUCUCUGCUAUCCUGCUUGCAUCUGACUCCUCCCUCCUGCAGCUCAGAACAGCGCAGGGUGAAUCCAACAGCCUCUCAUUUCUACUAUGUUUCUCCCCGAGCUACUAGAGCUUGAACAUACCUGAUAUUCUGCCUUCGUUUCACCUGAACUCGUGAGUAAGGCACGUUGCCUGAUAUCUGUCAAAAGUGAAUGGCAUGUUAUUACCUGAAGAGCCUAAAUUAACCGUCUUCCAGUACUGAAGGGAUUAUGAAGAACUGGAUUUUUUUCAGCACCUUUGAUACUUCAUUGUUGCCUGAAUUUUCGAGAGCAUGAGUUGUCUGGUUAUCAAGGGUGCUUUCACCUGAAUAUUUCUUCAUCGGAUGCCACAAAAGAGAGUCUAGGUUAACAAAGAAACUUGUGAUGUGGAGCUAACUGUUCUGGUUUCAGCUAGUGAAAACUUGCAGAGUCAGUGAGAAGGCAAAGAAAAAAAUUUGCCAAGGACGAUGUCGGUAACGCCUAGUAAUUUGUCACUCAAUGGGACAAGCUUCUUCGCUGAAAAUCAUAGCAUUAUGGAUAAGCCUAGCGAGCAGAGAACUUUGAAUGUCUUUCUAUUCUGCUUGACUUUCAUCAUUGCAUUCACAGCACUUCUGGGCAGCAUUUAUUCACUAGUUUCCCUGCUGAAAAUGCAAAACAAAUCCACGGUUUCAAUGAUUGUGACCUCUUUGUCAAUAGAUGAUUUGAUCAGCAUCGUGCCAGUGAUUAUUUUCAUGCUCACCCAGUGGUCAAGUGAUGUCCUCCCCCAGCCUCUGUGCACUACCUCAGCGCUUAUAUAUUUAUUCCAGGGCAUUUCUAGCAACCUGAAAGGGUCUCUUAUAGUUUCUUACAACUUCUACACCAUCAAUAAAACGGAGACAAUGAGCUGCAGCACUUCGAAGCGACAAGUGAGCAUGGUAUGGGCCAUUCUUACCAUUUGGAUUGUCAGUUUGCUGAUCUGCAUUUUGCCUCUCUGUGGUUGGGGCAAGUACAUCCCCACCUCCUGGGGUUGCUUCACCGACUGUGCCAGUUCCUAUAUCUUGUUUUUAUUUAUUGUCUACUCGCUGUGCUUUUGCCUCCUCACAGUGCUGUCUGUUCCUCUAACUUACCAGCUGUUGUGCUCAGAUGAGCAACAGCUAUUACACAUUGAUUACCAGGAAAUCUCUCGAGGCUACAUCACCCCUGGAACACCUGCAGGCUGCAGUACUGCUACCCCAUCUCUGUCACCGGUGGACCCUGUGGAUAAAACCCUGAAGCAUUUCCAAAACACGUGUCCAAGCUCGGAGGCAGUUUUUAGGAAAGGUGUGGCUGAGAGCGGUGCACUCGAGCCCCGUUGCGUGCACAGCAUACAGAGCAGGAGCUUCACGGUGGGCUUUGCCCAGAAACGAUUCUCGCUGAUUCUUGCAUUGACAAAAGUCAUUCUCUGGCUUCCAAUGAUGAUACAAAUGGUUGUCCAGCACAUCACUGGUUUUCAAAGCCUUUCAUUUGAGAUGCUUAGCUUCCUGCUGACUUUGCUGGCUGCCACAGUCACACCAGUAUUUGUCCUGUCAGAACACUGGAUCCACCUGCCCUGUGGCUGCAUCAUUAAUUGCAGGAGGGAUUCUUAUGCAGUGUCUUCAGAAGAACUCAAAACCAAACGUAGGGGUUUCGAAUUCAACCUGUCGUUCCAGCAAGGUUAUGGAAUCUACAAAAUAUCCCGCGAAAACCACCACCGCCACGACGGUGGCGGUAAAUCUACGUCCUGUCACAACCUGGUGAGCUACGGCUGCGGUAACGCGGACGAACCUCGGAGAGGAAGCGACGAUCCCCCCCGCUGUGGCAAGGCGGACUUCAGCACCACGGCCCCGGCGGACAGCUCCCGGGACGCCCCGGCGGGCGCCGCGGCCGCGCCGGCCCCGGGCCAGGAGGGGAGCACCGACCGCCGCCUCCUUCCCGACAAACCGGGAACCGACCGCCUCCUGCCCGACCAACCGGGAACGCACCGCCUCCUUCUUCCUGACAAACCGGGAGCCCACCGCCUCCUUCCUGGCAAACCGGGAACCGCGAGAAGAGAAGAGAUCAGAAACUUUGAGAAGUUGACCUUUUCUGAGGGACCAGAAAGGAGGCUGUCUCAUGAGGAAAGCCAUAAACCUGAACUCGCAGACUGGGAAUGGUGCAGGAGCAAAUCCGAGAGGACCCCUCGGCAGCGAUCAGGUGGGGCCUUAGCUAUCCCUCUGUGUGCAUUUCAAGGAACUGUAUCUCUUCAGGCACCCACGGGAAAAACUCUCUCUUUAUCUACAUAUGAGGUAAGCACUGAAGGGCAAAAAAUAACACCCACGUCAAAGAAAAUUGAAGUAUAUCGAUCUAAAAGUGUUGGUCAUGAGCCAAACCCAGAGGAGUCUCCUAAUACGUUUGCUGACACAAGUGUUAAAAUUCAUUUAGAGGUACUUGAAAUUUGUGACAAUGAAGAGGCCCUGGAUACUGUGUCAAUCAUCAGUAAUAUCAGCCAGUCCUCCACACAGGUAAGGUCUCCAUCCUUACGUUAUUCACGGAAGGAAAACAGGUUUGUCUCAUGUGAUUUAGGGGAAACUGCUUCCUACUCCCUCUUCAUACCAUCAAACAAUCCUGACAGCGAUAUUAACAUAUCAAUUCCAGACACUGUCGAAGCUCAUCGGCAGAAUAGUAAAAAGCAGCAUAUGGAAAGAAGUGGUUAUCAGGAAGAAAUACAAAUGUUGAAUAAAGCUUACAGAAAACGAGAAGAAGAUGGCAACAGCAAUUAAAAGGCAUUUAAUCUAGACAUUUAAACUGAUUUGACAGACAUUGGUCCUCUUGACUCAAGUUACCCUAGCAAAUACAAUGUCAACUGUUUUUUCCUAACAUAUAAAUUAAUUUUAUUUGGGUACACUGUUAAAUAGAUUAAAACUUCUAAUGAUAUAUGAAUGGGAUAACAAAUAUUUAAGUGCUUUACAGCUUUGCGUAGUGAAUUUCAAGUUAUUUAUAUAUCUAUCUAUUUGAGGAAUGUGUGUCUAAAAGGAAUCCUAAAUAAAGUCUUAAAACCCAGCUUUGGUUGCUUGUUGGCACUGGGUGAUCUGUCUGUGGGAACCUGUGGAAAAUGAGGGAGCAGCUCCACAGGUGUGAACUUACAACAGUUUUGGCUGACUUGCAAUUCUGCUCUUACUGAUGUGCCCAACUUGAAACAUUUGUCUGAAAAAAUGUAGCCCAAACCUAAGACUAGCUCAUUUAGUUGACUAAGUAGAGGAUUAAAAGAUAUGUAAAUGGUUUAAUUUUCUACUGCUCUAUACAUGCUUCAUAUGUAAUACCUAUGUAAGUGGCCAUUGUAUAGACCUUUGAAUGUGGGUGGCUGAAAUGUAAGCAUGCACAUUCUGUAAAUAUGACAUUGUGAAACUUAUGAGUGUUCUCAUGGUUGACACUUCUUUGAUCAAAUGUGACAAAUGUUGCUUAAUUUUAUGCCAGUUAGUCUGAAGAGUCCCCUUUUUUGCCUCCAUGAUCUCUUACCAAGUUAAGAAGUUUCCCAGCCUUACAGAAUAUUUGCAACUGCAUCCAGAUAAAGGCAGCAUUUGAAAUGUUUGAAGAGCUAGGAUGUCAAAAUUAAUUUGAAUAAUUCUUCAUGUCAGAGUUGUCCCAAGCAAGGAAUAGUUUUACAACGUUGUCUUCCUCCUCAAGGCCCACGUGAAGCUAAUACUUUUCUCAACACAACCACGAGAGUGGGUGUAGCUUGCAGAUGGUUGCAGGAGUCCCACUGGCUCACAGAAAGAAUGCUACUGUUUUUUCUGCCAUAUGUAUUCUGUCAGUAAACCUGUCAUCACUCCUCUUUGGAUGGACCCUCAUGCUUUAGAUCUGAGUCAGGAGCUUGGGGUUACAACUGAUUUGUGACUCCUCAGGAGAGGGGAAAUGAGCUAUUCAAGGUGGCCAAACUUAGAGACUGAGCUUAGACAUCAACCUCAAGAGAGUGGUCUGGUUACCUAAAUCAGGUC